GCUUUGAGUGUAAUACUCGUGCUUGAAAUGGGAGGUGCUACUCAUCUUCCCUUUGUCUGCUGCGUCACAGACUUUCUUUGUCAUAAGAAAAGUCAAAAGUUUUCUUGGUCUCAUUCAUAUCUACAAGCAUCAUUAUUCCUCUGGCAUUUUUCUGUAAUUACUAUCUGCGGUACUACCAGUUAGAGAGGAAUGGUUACCCAUACGAGUAAACCAUGGCUUUUCUUUGUUCUGCUUCUGGUCCUGUCUUACUACAGAGCAUCCUUCGCCAUUGCAGCAGAUACCCUUUCAGCAGGUCAGCCUCUUUCUAUGGGAGAAACCAUAAUAUCUGAAGGAAGCAAUUUUGAACUCGGUUUCUUCAGACCAGGUUCUUCUUCAGAAAUAUACCUAGGCAUAUGGUAUCGUAAUUAUCUUGGUGGUGUUCAAGAGAAGGUUUGGGUAGCAAAUAGAGAGAACCCUUUGUCUGACGCAUCUUCAUCAAAACUUGAACUCUCCGAAGAUGGAAAUCUAGUCAUGCUUGAAGGUUCCUCCAAGAUACCAUUUUGGUCAACAAAUUUGAAAAAUCCCCUGUCAAACUCAACUGAAGCAGUACUUCUUGAUGAUGGAAAUUUUGUUUUAAGAGAUAGUUCCAACAAGAAUACUAUAUUUUGGGAGAGUUUCGACCAUCCAACCGAUACAUGGCUUCCUGGUGCAAAGCUUGGGAUCGAUAAGAUUACUGGAAAAUUAAAUCAGCUUAUUUCAUGGAAAAAUUCAGAAGAUCCUGCACCAGGUAUGUUCUCCUUCAGGUUAGCCCGAGAUGGAAGCGAACAAUUUAUCUUGGAGUGGAACAGAUCCCAAAUGUAUGCCAGUUCUGGAGUUUGGGAUGACAAAAAUAAAUCUUUCAGCUUAGCCCCUGACAUGUUGUUGAAUUAUAUUACCAACCCCAUUUUUGUGACAAAUGAAUAUGAAAGCUAUUUUACUUAUUCGAUUAAAAACAGUUCUCCCAAAUAUAGGUUUGUCCUCAAUUCUUCAGGACUGCUCCAGCAACUCGCAUGGUCGGAAAAAUCUUGGGAUUGGACUUUAUUUUGGUCUCGACCGGUAAAUAUAUAUGAUGUCUAUGGUUUGUGCGGUGCAUUUGGCUUGAAUUAUGAGAAUUUCUCAAACCCCUGUGUAUGUUUAAAAGGUUUUAAACCAUUUUCAAUUGAAGAAACGUCCCUAAGUGAUUGGUCAGGUGGUUGUGUGCGGAAAUCCCCAUUGCAAUGUAUGAAUAAUACGUAUGCUAAUGGAAAAAAAGAUUGGUUCAAGAAAAUACCAAUCCUGAGAUUCCCUGUUAAUUCAAAAGCAGUGAGUGCUAUGAAUUGUGAAGUGGCUUGCAUGAAUGAUUGCUCUUGCACAGCUUAUGCUUAUAAUAGCAGCGGGUACUGUAUGAUAUGGAAAGGAGUUCUUUUAAAUUUACAGCAACUCUCGGAUGGUGGCAAGGCUGGACAACAUAUCUAUCUCAGACUUGCUGCUGAUGAGUAUCAAGAAUCAGGCAACAAAUGGAAAGUGUGGGUGAUUUUAGCAGUGAUGGUCACUGCAACUGCAAUCGGACUUAUCUUAUUCCUCUCAAUUUGCUUUUCAAGGAAGCGAAAGCUCAGACACAAGCACAAAGGAGAGGAGACUUCAAGAUAUGAUCUAUUGUUAUUUGAUUUCAGUACUGAACUUCAUGGAAUCAAUGAUGGAACAAACACUAAAGAUAAUGUGAAUAUAAGAGGGAAGAAGGAUGGUGAGUUACCGGUGUUCAGUUAUGAUAGUGUAUCAGCUGCAACUAAUAAUUUUUCAACUGUCAAUAAACUUGGACAAGGAGGUUUUGGACCAGUCUUCAAGGGGAAAUCAUUUAAAGGGCAAGAAAUUGCAGUAAAGAUGCUUUCAAAAAGAUCUAGACAGGGGCUUGAGGAGUUUAGAAAUGAGACAACACUAAUUGCCAAACUUCAGCACAGAAAUCUUGUCAGACUCUUAGGCUGCUGCAUUGAGCAAGAUGAAAAAAUGUUAAUAUAUGAGUACAUGCCCAAUAAAAGUUUGGAUUUCUACCUCUUUGAUCAAAUCAAGAAAAGGGUGUUAGAUUGGGAGACACGCAUACACAUUAUUGAAGGGAUUGCUCAAGGGCUUCUUUAUCUUCAUCAAUAUUCAAGGUUACGGAUCAUACAUAGAGAUCUAAAACCUAGUAACAUUCUAUUAGAUACUGAAAUGAAUCCAAAAAUAUCAGAUUUUGGAAUGGCUAGAAUAGUUGGAGACAACGAAACACAAACAAACACAAAUCGAAUUGUCGGAACUUAUGGCUAUAUGUCUCCUGAAUAUGCUAUGGAUGGUUUGUACUCAAUAAAGUCUGAUGUAUUUAGCUUCGGAGUAUUGCUACUAGAGAUUGUGAGUGGAAGGAAGAAUACUGGCUUCUAUAACAACGAGUCACUCAAUCUUCUUAGAUACGCUUGGGAGUUGUGGAGAGAUGAUCAAAGUUUGGAGAUGAUGGAGCCAACAAUAGGAUAUCCUUCUUCCACUUCUGUUCUGUUGAGAUUCAUUAACAUUGGCCUUCUUUGUGUCCAAGAAAGUCCGACUGAUCGACCUACCAUGCUUAGUGUAGUUUCAAUGAUUAACAAUGAACAUUCACCUCUACCUACACCCAAGCAACCUGCUUUCACGAGAGGUCGGAAUGAUGUGAUGUACACAAAUUCAACCAUCAACAGUGUAGGAAACGUAACUAUUUCAAUAAUGGAAGCUCGAUGAAUACUAUUUCAUACAUCAAAGAAAAGUAUUUUUGUAGAACCAAUGUUUUUAUCUUACUUUUAUGCAU